GCGAUUCUUCAACGUCAAAAACUCUCGCCAUGUUGUACGGGAAAUGCCGACUGUGUUUCAUUUGACAUCUGUCUUUGAGUUCAGCAAACAGGAACUUUUCUAGGGUGGAAAAUUAAUACUUUUUCAUGUCCAAGAGUAAACCCAAAGAUCCGUGCAAACCGGCUGCCUGUAAAAUUCAAACCUGUCUGAGAGAACACAACUACGACGAGGUAAAGUGCUACGAUGUCAUCGACGAUAUGCGGCAAUGCUGUCUGAAGUGGCACAAGGUAUCACUUUGCUGUUCCGGCAUUCAACUAGAUCGUGAUUACAAAGCCGAAAAGGAAAGCAUCCUACGGGAGCGAGAAGCAACCAGCAAGGGAAAUGCACCCUGACCCGAGACGACCGCUUCGAGUCCCGAAA